AAUUUCAUUUCAUUCACCAUCAUUGAAAAAAAAAUCUAGUUCUGUUCUGUCACGAAAUUGUAUUUAUUUAAUUUUAGCCAAUGUGUUACAUUAUUUAUGUUGCUUUAUAUUAAUAGAUUUAUAAUUAAAUUUAAAUUGUUUAGCGUUUAUUAACUGUGCUGGUUAUAUAAUAACGAUAAACAUGUUCGAUGUGUGUUUGUAAUCGGCCACAUAGUUUACUUCGUCGCACGCAGCACGAUCGUCCCAGACUGGCCAUUCGAGGUAUUUUUCACGGUGUUCUGUGUCCCGCGAUGUGGUUUAGAUAGUGAAUAAUAAAGUGGUACGUGUGUGAAAUGUCCCAACAUGGAUGCCCAGAGAGACUGUCGAAUAGAUCGAAGGGUUUCCCGGAUGAGAGCGCUGGGCAGGCCACGAUGGAAGUGCUGGUGGAGACCCUGACGGGCACCGCGUUCGAGAUGACGGUGUCGCCCUCCGACACUAUCUUCGCGAUCAAGUCGAAGAUCUUCAGAGUGGAGGGCAUUCCAGUCUCCCAACAGCACCUAGUCUACAACCUGAAGGAGCUAGAAGACGCCGCCUCGCUCCGCGCACUCGGCAUAUCAGAUGGCGCUCGCCUACGGCUCGUAUUAGGCAUGCGAGGCGGCCCCAUAUCUACGCGCCGUCUACCCCCACCCCCCACUGAGCCUUGGAGGGAUAUCGAGAGACUGUUAGACUCGAACAGAGAUGAAACCUGGUCCCACAGCGGCGCAGGAUGCAAAGUCACUGUAUUGGUAUUCCGAGACGGCGAGCGCGUCAACAUGCUCCGCGUGCGAGAGAACAGAGACGGCUCCAUACAAUCCAGAGACCACGACUAUGCCCUCUCGCACGCUACGGAACCAGCCCCAAGAGACACCGCAACAGGCGGAGCGCGCGACAACGCCGUCACCAUGAACAAGAUGAUGGAGCUCCGGAGACGUAUGGAGACCCUCUCCGUGCGGCGACGUGCAGACACUAAAGCGGAAAUCCAAAAGACCCGCUCAGAAGAAACUCUAUCCGUCCCCUCUCUCCUCGACGAAGGCGCUUACCGCGCCUGCACCCCCGCCCUCUACGACGAUUUCCGCGACGGACGACUGUUUGACGAUUGUCGCGACGGGAGGCUAUUCGACGAUUGUCGCGACGGACUUGACGAUUGUCCGAGAAAUGUAAGACUUUACGAAGAUUGUCCAAGAGAAGGACGGUUGUAUGAAGAUUGUCCGCGGGACGGCCGGUAUACGAGGCUGGAUCUUGACUGUGCCUUUGAUCGCUACACGCUGCUACCUCCUAUUGGCAGCAGAACAGACUCCGACCAAUCCGUGGACAGGAUUCAAGAGGUUGACAGCGAGCGUCUCAUGUCUGACGCUCUCGCCGGCUCCAUACUUGUGAAGAGGAGGGACAGAGAGGAAGAGGCCAUACUGGAGGAGUGUCUAGAGGGUGUCGAGAGUUUGAGGGACUCUCCGCAGCUGGCUGCCGGGGACCUUGCGCCUAUACCUGCCGCUGAAUAUGGUCCGCUGGUGGGCGGCGGCUGGGCGACGCGGCCGUUCGGGUCGCACGGGCAGCUGGCCGCGCCGCGCGGGGCCGCCGCGCACUCCGCCUCCUCGCUGCAGCUGCAGCACCCCGCCCGCCCGCCGCUCGAGGACGCCUUGUUCAGCUCCUCCACCAGUGACUUGGAGACUUUGACCAGGAACAGGAUGCUCCCGCUCAGCAGGCACCGAAAUCGCGAGCACCUGCACCUGAGCGACGAGGGCCUCGACGUGUCGCACCGGCCGCGCAACCUCGAGGUGGGAAGCGAGCGGCGCCAGAGAAGGAUCAAGAAAAUCGCGGAACUUGAGAACUCUAGACUCUUCCGGUUUGGGGACUCCUUUGAUGAUGUUGUGCAGCAGGUGGAGAAGGAGCCAGAAAAGAAAGAAAUUAAGAAGAUAGCCAGGAUACGGUGCGGGUUCUGCAAGAAGCGGCUCAGCAUCGCAACUGUGCACAAGUGUCGCUGUGGGGCCGAAUUUUGUGCCCCGCAUCGGUAUGCUGAGGUGCACGGGUGCCUGUACGACUACAAGGCCAACGCGCACCAGUACCUGCAGCGCGCCAACCCGCUCGUGUCCGCGCCCAAGCUGCCCAAGAUAUAGCACUCCGGCGUCUACACCACACUACACUACACUACACUACACUACACCACAGUGCAUAUCUACACUCCGCUGCACACCCUACCUAUUCUGUAGUCUAUUCCAUUCGGAUUUUAAAUCUUUAAAAAAAACAUAAAAAACUUGUAACCGAGUGAACCAACUUUUAGAACACUGAUUUCGUGUCCCUAGCAGGGGUCGGAAACCGGUAUAUGCUCCAUACAAAAAUACCGGUAUUAUUACGUUCUUUUUCGUUCUUUUGUUUAUAAUUUCAUUUUUAAUGGGACGUUUUAAUAAUGCAAAAUUGUUUCCUAAAUACAUGAUUCAGUCCUACGUAAUGAGCAUAAAAAAAUUCAAAAUAUUGGGCUAUUUCGAGGUUUUUAAAAAAUACCGGUUCCGAGCCCUGGUCCCUAGAUUCCCUAACAAAGAAAAAGUCGAUUUUUCAAAAACCAUGUUGAUUUUUUAACUUUUUUUACACGGGCAUUAUUAGAUACAUAUUUAAUGAGCACAUUAAAAUUAACAACUUGAUCAGAUAGGAACAUUUUGUACGGUAACGCAGCAGAAAAAGGCAAAAGUGGACACUGUUUUUUGUAUGGGAGAACGCUUUUCUGCUGCGUUACCGUGCAAAAUGUUACUUUUAUCUGAUCAAGUUGUUAAUUUUAAUAUGUUAAUUAAAUACUUAUGAAUCUAAUAAUGCCAGUGUAAACAUAAAAGUACAAAAAUCAAAACGGUUUUUGGAAAAAUCGAUUUUUCUUUGCUAUUGACACGAAAUUAAGUGUUUUAAAAGUUGAUUCACUUUACCACAUUUCAGAAGUAAAUAUGAAUUUCCGCACCAUUUCGCAGUGACAAUCGAUACGAAAGUAGCUAGAGACGUCAUACUGACACUGCGACAAAGUACGAAAUGGUAGGUUCAAGGAGGGAACAGUGGCUCGGAAAAAAUAGCCGGGUACAGUGGCUCACAA